CGUCUGACCGUGUCAUGUGACCUCCAUGUCUCGUGACCCACAAGACGGCAGGGAAGGCAAAAUUUGAAGUUUAAUACUUACUGCGAAGUUAGUGAGUCGAUAACACAGCGACCCGAGGGUGUACACAUUUUUGACCGAAUUGAGGCCGCUACUCUUUCCCUGCGUUGAACGUAGUGAGGGCGAUUUGUGGACUUCGAGACUGGGCGAAAGUUGGCGCUUGAAUGAGGGGUGGGCAUACUAACUAUUCGUCGCAUGUUUUAGUUUACAUACCUAGCUAGCUAGCUCGUUAAUUCAUGAUCCUCAAGGAAACUUGAGAAAUUUUAAUCCACGUUUAGAGUGUACUGUAAAUUGAAGGACAUCACAACCGAAAGGAAGGGGAUCAGCAAUGGACAACAAGCCACUUCUGCAAGACAGACCUCCCCCAUACCACAGCGUGCCCGGGGGUUAUGACUACGGCCAGAAUUACGGAGCGAUACCCCCGAAUCCUACACCACAACACCCGCCCCCGCCGUACCACGGACAAGGAUACCCCCCGGUGCCUCCUGUUGCCCAACAGCCAAACUGCACAGGAAGCUACACCAUAAUCCAGCCCUCCGUGGUGGUAGUGGGGGGGUGUCCGGCCUGCAGAGUCGGAGUGCUGGAAGAAGACUUCACCUGCUUGGGGAUCCUGUGUGCCAUCAUCUUUUUCCCCAUUGGGAUCCUCUGCUGCCUCGCCAUGCGCCAGAGGAUGUGUCCCAACUGUGGCGCCACCUUUGGGUAGAAGGACCAAACUGCGGCUCACUCAAGGCCCAAAUAUAUUGCUCCUUUUUAUUGAUUUUUUUCCUUCUCGUUUUAACAGAUAAUGCCAUACUUUUCCCAGAAAAGAUGAUUUUCUCUUUAUAAACGAGGUUAUGAUGGCUAAUAUUAGGAAAAAAUGAAGAAAAGCAGUAUGCAUGUGAAAAGGCUUCAUUUUUUGUUCACAGACAUGGUCAAAAAAAGAUCCUCUUUGCUUUCUGUCAAAUCCUAGACUUCCUUCCUCCAGUCAUCCUUCAUUCAGUUAUCUCUCUCUUCAUUAAAAAGGUGAAUAAGAGUAACGUGGUUUAAGCGAGGUUUCUAUAAAACUAAACAAUCAAAGGGAAUAAUUUUCAAUUGCUACGAAUGUGCAGUCUGAAACACUUUUUUGCUUGUCUGCUUUUUUUGGGCAAGAUGUUAAGACCUUUUGUUAAUUUUCUUGCUGUUGUCUAUAAAUGAACUGUACUGCUGGCAGACUAGUUUAUGUUCUGCUGUGGUUAAAUUUCAUCUGCUAUGAACGGCGCACAUAGUGCAGUAAACACAGUGGUUGUCACAACUUAACCAAAGUUGUUCCCCCCCCCCCCACCCUGUGUUCAACGUGUUGGGCGUGCCACGUGUCGCCUUGAUUGAACCAAGCAUCAGCCUGUGCGAUUCGAAACCUCCCCAGAGUUCCUCUUGCGGUGAAAUUUAGGGCCUACUGUCUUUGUGUUUUUUUUUUUGUUUUUGUUUCAUUGUUUUGAAUCCCGCCCCUUCCAGGAACAAAAGUAAAAGGCUAGUGUGAAAUGACAGUAAUUGCCAUUAUUCAUUUUACAAUGAACAGCCCUGGGUGGCCUCGAAUGCCUUGUUUUGUCCACGUAGCACUGAGGUGAUCGAGAUGUUUGAUGACCUAAUUGCAAUGGAAUGCCUUUCUCGGGAGACCAAAUCUGGGUUUCACAGCGCUGAGGUCUGGUUAAUUGUUGGGUCCAUUUUUGCACUGCACUGAUAAUCAUUGUUAUUGCUGUUGUAAUCAGCUGUAAAAAAAAAAAAAAAACAGGCUACCUGCAGUUGUCGGGUAAAUGACUCUGACACAGGAGAAAGUUCCGUAAGUGUUUUUUAGGAUCGCUUGUGAUGACUCAUAAAGCCUGUGCGGAUGUACAGUCAUUUCCUGCCAAGUUCACUUCCAGCCAAGUUCAGAUUGGAUUUUAGUUUAAUGUGUAACUCGUUCUUUUUAGUUUGAAUGAUCCCAGCUACAGGUCCUGUUCAUGGGUGUUUGAGUUCAAUGUUCAAAAUUUAACAGGGCGGCAAAAAUCACGCCAGGUUUCGCAUUUUCAAUUGGCCGUUCUGUAACGCAGGAGAAUGCUACCCAAUCACUGGGGGCGAGCGCUACCUGCAGCGCCUCAGCAGUCACUAAUGAAAGGCAAUCUGUUGAUUGGUCAGUCAGUGGAGGGCGUGUUUCCCUGUGAUCCUCUGUCUCCUCUGUGAGAGCGCUUAAAAAAAAAAAAACUGUCCGUGUGUCAACGUGUAUUUAAAGAGAUUUAAUGAUUUAUGCUUUUGCUUUGAAGCAAUGCACUCGCCGUUACAAUGUAAGUUGACUUUUUAUAUGAAGGCACUGUAAAUAAAAUUAUGAGCGAAAACUGA